AAAUGAUAACACAACGAAGUAACUUACUAUUUUUCAUAAUUACUAUAAUUAUUUUUAAUUUACACUAUAUUUUACCGCUAAACUUUAAAACGUUCUAUUUAACUAUAAAAAAUAAUGACAUUUAUCUUUUGAAAAGUCGCGAUUUAUGUUUUUGAUCGAUUUUUAAAAAUGAAAAACAAAUUUGACUUAGACUUUAAUGUACUCUGUAGGCUUUGCCUGCAUAAAGGGCCUGAACUACGUUCAAUUUUUGAUUGCGAUUUUUCUUACCGCAUCGAGUCAUGUGUGGGAAUAGUAAUACAGCAAUGUGAUCUGGGGCCAGCCCAUAUGUGCGUUAAUUGUCUGAGUAGUUUAGAGAAUUGGGAAGAAUUCAAACAAAAAUGUAUCUCUUCAAAUGAAUGUAUUCAAAAUUGCAUCAAGCAGUUGGAAGAAGAGAAAUUAAAUAUGACUGUAGAUAAUUCUAUUAAGCAUGAAGAUCAAUUAGAAAUAAAUGAACAAGAAAAUAAUCAUGAUAGUAUGUUAAAUAAUGAAUUUAACAAUCAAGACUCUGAUAAUGAUUCAUCAAAAUCUAAGUCAUCCAUUUCACCAAUAACACGGAAAGUCUACUCAAGAGCUGUUAAAAAAGAAGUAAAAGCUUUUGAAGUGGCAAAUACUAAAACAUCUAAUAAGAAAAAACGUUACGAGUGUGGAAUGUGUUCUAUAGAUUUCACUGAAAAAGAAACAUUAUACAACCACUUAAUAGAUUCCCAUAAAUUAGAAGAGAAUAAUACCCCACACUAUUGUUUAAUUUGCAAUAAAGGAUAUUGUAAUUAUACAAUUUAUCAAAAUCAUUUGACUGCUGAACAAGAUAUUCAUGGAUCCAUUCAAAUACAGGAUAAAGUCAAAGACUGUACAAUUGGCUGUGGACUAUGUACUUGUAAAUUUAGUCGGUCGACCAGCCUUUACCGUCAUCUCAGAAACCAUGCAUUGAAAAAAGACCUUAUGCCUCAUUUGUGUUCAUUUUGUCAAGUGGGAUUUCUCGAUACGUACAGCCUUUACUUGCACGCAUCGACUGAACAUCACGCAGCAUCUGUCAUUGUUAACGAAUCAAAAAAAGAAUGUUCCGACGCGUCGACCACUGUCAGACAAGAGGAGGAAUUGUGCGGCAAAACCAUGGACAACGACACUGUUGGUGACGAGUACAAGGAUAACAAGUACGCGAUCACCACCAAACGUAAAAUUAAAAAGCUCAAGACGCUCGAGGACAAGCGAGCAAAGUAUCGCGAGCACUACAGGCGGUUCCAGUCGAAGACGUACGCGUGCGAAUUCUGCGACGUGGCCUAUUCCCGGUUCUGCGACCUGUUCAAUCACGACCGUACCGCCCACGACGACAUGCCCAAAGAGUUCAGCUGCCCCACGUGCGGCAAACUGUUCCUGACGGACAGCCGGCUGCAGAUCCACCAGAACGCGUUCCACGCGGAGAAGGCGUUCAGCUGCGACGUGUGCAACGUGCGGUGCAAGUCCAAGCACACGUUGCGCACGCACAUGCGCAAGCACAGCGGCGUGUUCGCGUGCUCGCACUGCGGCCUGACGACGGCCAGCAACGCGGCACUGGUGUCCCACAUGCGCAUACACACCGGCGAGAAGCCGUUCGUGUGCGACCUGUGCGGCAACUCGUACGCGUCCAAACUGGGGCUCACGUCGCACAAGCGCACCCACCAGCAAGAGGCGCUGUUCAAGUGCAACGUGUGCGGUUACACCGGUUCCAGCCACAGUUCCAUAUACAUACACAGGCAGACGCACAACUCGGACAAGCCGUUCGUGUGCGACGUGUGCGGCAAGACGUUCAAGAUCAAGGUGCGGCUGGUCGACCACCAGAAGAUCCACUUCGCGUCCAAGGACUACGUGUGCGAGGUGUGCAACAAGGCUUUCCUGGCUCGGUACCAGCUGGUCCAGCACUCGCGAACCCACUCGGGCGAAAAACCGUUCCAGUGCCAUCUGUGCGCCAAGGCGUUCGCUCGGCGAGACGGGCUGUCCGAGCACAUCAGGACGCACACCGGCGAGAAACGGUACACGUGCACCGAGUGCUUGAGGACGUUUUCGUUCUACAAGAGCAUGAAGAAUCACAAGUGUUCGGCGGCCACUGUCGGCGACGGCGGCGGUGAUGGUGGUGACGACCAUGUCAACGGCAACGCUGAUGUGGCGGGUAACGUUGUCUGCAGCGGAGUAGAGACCGCGACGGAUCCGUUGCCGUCCGCCUCUUUGCGAUUAACCGCCGAAGACAGCGCAUCCUUAGACCCGUCUUAUCGAUCUGAUGUUGGAGCCAACGGUAGCAGCGGUGUACCAUCGUUUCCCGACGGUUGUGGUUUACCCACCAGUUGGACGCCCAGUUAAAAACUGCUCAGAGUGGACUUGUAAAUUAUGAGUCUGUGUAAGACUACUGCGAUGACAAUAAAUCGUGUCUAGCUGCGUUUUGCCUUGGCCGUGUGUGCAAACAUUCCGAGUUAACAUUAGUAUUAUUUUUUUCAUUAUUCACUCAUUAGGUGCUUGUAUUACACAUAAGCAACAUUCAUUCUUCCUACCAAACUUGGACUAUUAUUGUUACUAUUAUAAGAAGUGUUUAUAGUAUGACAUAAACCUAAUAUUUAUAAAAUAAUAUUACUUGCUGACUGCAUUCAAAUUACUAAAGAAUUAUGUCAAUAGUAGUAAUACUUCAAUAUUCAAAUUGUGUGGUACUGAAUAUUAGAUGAAACUCCAAUUCAAUUUUAUUAUGAAGAGUUAAUAUUUUUUUGAUACAUAGAUUUAAAUAUAUUUUAUACAUAUGUAUUAUUUCUGCCUAUAUUUAUGGCCAUAGUUUUAUAUGAUGUUAGUUUUAUAUAAUAUUUAAUAUUUAUCAUCUACUCUAGUGACUAGUAGUGACACAUUUAACAGAUGAAUCUUUGUCUAUGAGGGUAGUGUACUGUUCUGCAGUUUUCACAUGGGCUACCAAAUUAUGUAAACAUAAUCAUUGAUAUUAAUGUUACUAUAAUAAUGAUAUUAUUCAUAUUCAUGUGUACCUAUGUUAGAUUAGAUGUGUAAUUUAUAAAUAAAAAUAUCAAAUUCAAUUAACUUUUUAA